GCUUCCACUCCUAGCUUUCACAAUGGUUCUUUAUUUUAGAUAAAAUCUGAGCAAAAGUAAGCUUGGUGGCGAUUAAUUUCAAAGAGGCCUGAGUUCAUGAUGGGUUUCGUGUUUCUUUUAAGAUUUGCAGUGAAAUGCCUCGGUGUUCUUGCAUGGCCUGUUUUUGGUUUGGGUUAUCCUCUAUGUGCUUCCAUUCAAGCGAUCGAGACUAAUUCGAACUCAGACACCCAGAAGCUGAUCUCAUACUGGGUCUCCAUUACUGUGGUCUUGCUCCUUGAACAUUCGUUUCAGCUUGAAUGGCUAGCCUUCUGGCCAUACAUUAAGCUAAUGAUCGUCGGCUACUUGGUUCUGCCUUACUUCGAUGGUUCUCUGUAUGUCUAUAAACACCUUAUUAAUCCGUGUCUAUCCAUGAGCUCUGCAAUUAUCACCUGCCAGUUCAACAAGCAGGAGUUGUUUUUCAAGAAAGAUUAUUUUCUUGUUGAGAUGAGGAGGUAUAUGAAGGAAAAUGGCUCUGAUGCUUUGGAGGAUCUCAUUGCUUCCACGAAAAAGAGUGCAAAGCCUGAUGUUGAUGUGAAGGAGAUCAGGGCGGUUGAAGCAGAGAAUUUGCUGAAGUUCGACCAACUUCCGGUUCGAUUCAAAGACAGUAAUGAUGUGGAGACAACAGAGAAGAUAGAAGUUGCAUCAACCAAGCAGCCUAAGCUUCCGGUUCGAUUCAAAGAUGGUGAUGCUGUGGAAGUAAUAGAGAAGCAAGAAGUUGCAUCGACCACGCAGGCUAGACAGGCAGAAUCCAACGUCAACCAGACAGAAAACAGAACAUUUCCACCUCUGGAAUGCAUAAACACUGCAACAACAACAGUAGGAGGCGGACAUCUUUGUGGGAUUCUACCUCCCGAGAAAGUCCGAAAGGUAUGGACUUGUGUUAUAUGUCAAGUAACAGCCCAAAGUGAGACAGCUCUAAUUUCACAUCUCCAUGGGAAGAGACACAAGGCCACUCGUGAACAGCUAAAUGUCAAGAAUCAGACAGAUGUUAACUCACAUCUUCAAGGAAAAAGUCGAUGUAUUGAGAUGAUAGGUUCUCAUUGGUUUUGUACAAUCUGCAAUGUAAGCAGUGUACAUGGCAAGCAAAGUCACCUUAAAGGGAAAAAGCACAGGGCUUCGUUGCAAGCAUUGGAUGGUCUUGGAGGCAAUAGGCAUGCUUGAGUCACUGAAUAUGUUCACACAACUAUUGCAGAAGAUGUUGUUCUAAUCUCGAGGCCAAGGUGGCCGUGAUCAUCCAAGGUACCUGUAGAUUAAAUGGCGUGUCUUGUUGCCGGACAAAAACAAAUUAAAUGGCGAAAAGGCAAAAACUUAAACGGCAGAUAUUAUGUAGGAGCUUAAGGCAAAAACUUAAACUUAAAUGCCGGACAAGCUCUGACUAUUUUUAAAUUAAUGAAUGAAGAAGUUUCAUUGAUCCAAA